CGUAGUUUGUAUUAAUUUAACGUGACAUAUUAUAAUCAAAGUUGUUGGGUUGAAACCCCAUGAACACAAGCGAGACAACACUACUACUCGUGUAAGAAAGAAGUAUAGAUAGCUGCAGAUGGUGCAGCUCUAAAAACAUUCGAGUGCGCUGCACUACAGCAAGAUCAAAACAUUUGUGAAACAGGCAGUUAAAUUACAACACAAAACAACAAAUAAUUUAUGAACAGCCAGUGCCAAUACUAACGCGUGUAGAAAACCCACAUGCUCUUUAGCGUAGCGCAGGCCAUACGACGAGGGUUACUGUAAAUUGAAGCUGUUUGUGUUUUGUUGUUGCGCGUGAAGUGUGCAAUUGAGAAGAAAUUGUUUUUAAAUGUGUCGAAAAGCCAUAAGCCAAGUGGGAAUACAGAUCGACUUCAGUUUUAAACAUAUUCAAGUAACUAAAAAGCAUACAAUAAGAGACAAAACUAUAACGGAAGAAAGCUGAGCAUAUACAUAAUAACGAAAACAUUGUGUGUUUAGUUUUCCCCCCAAUUUGCGCGAGACGCUGGCGCUUGUGACAGCGACUGCGACGGCGACGCCAGUAAAACUAAAGCUUCCAGCAAGGCACGCAGCAGAAGCAGUAGCAACAAUAGUUAGGCAUCAUCAGGCGAUACCUGGAAGCAGCCAUUGGAGAAGCCUUGAAACUCAUUUACUUACACUCCCCCACAUAAGCAAUACACACACACACACGCACACAAACGGACGUACACGAGCACACGCACACACAUCUAUACAAAUACGGAACGCAUCAUUAGGCGAAGCCAUGAGUUCGCAAUAUUCAAAUGUGGAAAAUCUGUCGCCGCAGACUAUUCGGCAAGUGAUGAAGGAGCUGCAGGAUAUGGAACAAACGCCACCGGAAGGCAUCAAAGUGCUGAUCAAUGAGAGCGAUGUGACAGAUGUACAGGCAUUGAUUGAUGGUCCAGCGGGCACACCAUAUGCUGCUGGCAUUUUUCGCGUUAAGCUAACGCUGAGCAAAGAUUUUCCACAAACGCCGCCUAAGGCAUACUUCCUAACCAAAAUUUUCCAUCCUAAUGUGGCCGGCAAUGGCGAGAUAUGCGUAAACACACUGAAAAAGGAUUGGAAGCCAGAUCUGGGCAUCAAACACAUAUUGUUAACCAUUAAAUGUCUGCUGAUUGUGCCCAAUCCCGAGUCGGCGCUGAAUGAGGAGGCUGGCAAGAUGCUGCUCGAACGCUAUGAUGAUUACUCUCAGCGUGCGCGCAUGAUGACAGAGAUACAUGCACAGCCGGCCAAGUGUGGUGCUGCUGCCAGCGAUGCCAAAGAUGAUGAUGGACCUUCGACAAAGAAACAUGCGGGGCUCGACAAGAAGCUGCAGGACAAGAAAAAAGAGAAGCUAAUCAAGGAGAAAAAGCGCAUGCUAAAGAGAUUAUGAGACGCAUAGGCGUGUACAGAGCACAGAGCAAAUAACAUUGUCAAUAUGAGAGCAGGCAUAGUAAAUUGAUUUGCACGUUGAAAGCAAAAGUAUUUAACUAAAAAUCCAAAAUUCAGCAAGCAUCAAUGUGACAACAAAUUGUUUAAUAAUUAACACCUAAAUGAUUGAUUCAUCACAAAACAAUAAUAUUAACAACUAUAAUUAAACAAAUAUGAGCAAAGCAGCAGUGACCAUGAAACCACUCCAAAGAACAGUGCAUCCAGUUGAAACAUUAAUUUACGAUAUAUACUUAUAUUCACACACACAUACACAACUGCAAUAACAAAAAAUCAGCUUUGGUUACUGUCUGUUUUGUUUGCUCCACUGUACCGCUGGGCGAACAAGCAAGCUUAUCGAAAUUAGUUUUUAUAAAGACCAACAACAAACACACACACACACACAUACACAAGAAAACAAAACAAAAAUCAAGCAAGAUCAUGUUCUAAAUAUUAUAGUUUCCUUUACUUUGCGCUAUUUUAGCAUAAAUUAUAUGUAUUGUAAUUAGUUUAUGUGUACAAUCUUAUCAAGACGAUAUAGAGAGAAAAUUCUCCUUAAGAACAAUCAGUUAACUUAACAUUUUAAUUCGAAUUGUUUCUCUUUUAACAUUGCAUGCGUUUCAACUAAAAGAUUGUCCUUAGCCUAAGAUUAAGAAAUACACACACACAAACAAAAAAGAAAACAAAAACAUUUGCAGCGACAACAAUUAAAAUUAAAAUGCUAUAUUUAUUCUAUUUAUUGAAUGGAAUUUGUAAGCGUUGAGCAAAUUGUAAAAGAUUCACAGUCGGACUAUAUUUAGACGUAUGCCCCCAAACGUGAUUAUAAAUACAUACAUACAUAUGUAUAUGUGAGUGUACGAAUGGAAUCCAGUGCUAAUGCUAAGAAUCAAAUUAAUAUAUUGUGGCUUGAAUGUUUUAUGGUUUUUAUUAUUAUAGUAUAUUUAUAAUCACGUCUGUGGGCGCUGCGCACAAAACGUAGCAAGUUCUGUACUUAUAUGGGGGUAAAUUUGCAAAAACAAAUUGAGGAUAAAACUAAAAUUAAUGUACAAGCUUAUAAUUUCAAAGUUAAGAAUUAAAACAAAACAAAAAAACAAAAACAUGUGCCCUUCUGAUAAUAAUAUAGCAGACGAUAAAAAAUUACAAAAU